AUGUGUGAAAUAAUCAACUAUGCACUUAGUGGGGCUAGCAAGACAGGCCAGGACACGGAUAGGACAAGUGUGCGGGAAAAUAUCGGGUCCGCUGCAGCCGAAAUGUCAGGUCCGCUAGUCAAAGUGUCGGGUCCGCUGUCAAAGUGUCGGAUUGAGUGCGAAGUGAUUAUCGUGCAAUGGGCAUUUGACAUGAAUCAUGAAUCAGCUGAAUACGAGCAUAGUGCGAGCUCAAGUGCUACAGCAGGCAAACUAGAUUGUACCAGGGAUGAUGACAUGAACAAGAGAAGAAUGGUUGUCCCAACAGCUCUAGAAGCAUAG